AAAAUUGUUUACUUCCUGGUUUGACCUGACAUAAAAUAUGACCUGAAAUUAAAAAAUAAGUUAUUGAAUUCUGCGAGGGGGCUGCCAACAUCUGGCCCAGCUGGCGCGAAAUCCGUCAAGCUUCUGGUUUUCCAAUAAAACACAAGUGCUGUGGUAAGAUAUUAUUCAGUUGUUUACUAAAAAAUGAGCAGAUCGUUUGUAUUACUUCUCGCUAUCGCAGGCUUGGCAUCUGCUUUGUCAGGAUGUGAUCAGCCAACAAAGCACUAUACUACUAUGGGAUGUACUCCCAGUGAUGAACAGAAUGCACGAGGUUGUCCCGUAAGCUACAACUGUCCGAGCUUGACCAACCGUCAGUCCGGUAAAUGUUAUCUAUUUGGAAAGGUCUACGGGCUUAAUGAUCACGUUCCGGACGGAGAAACGGCGUCCACAUGCGUCGCUAAUGUGAACUGUAUUAGUGAUGGACGUUCUGGUGCACAUUUCGUCUACGCGCAUAAAGAUUGUGCCGAUUUCCUCCAACCUCGCAUCGAAAACUGCGUGCGACAGUACGAGCUUGGCCACUGCUGUUCAACGGGGGACGUUUGUGAUGAUGAUCGCAACAAACUGUCGAAGUGUACCCUGGCGGGACAUUCCUACUACGAAGGCGAGCGAAUAAUAAUACCCGGUAAUCCUUGCCGGCACUGUAUUUGUGCAGCUGGGUUUGAUGAAAACAAUUUAUCCAAUUAUGGAAAUUGCGUCGAGCAAAAGUGUACGUUCGAGUUGGUAGGAAAAUUGAACGGUGGAGCCAUUCCUGUCUACAGAGAUGGCACCUGCUGUCCGUGGGAAUGGAGGUUGCCUGUUUCUACCGAUAAACUGGUGAAAAGUGACAUAGCUGUUGACGAUCCCAACCUCCAGUGUAAAUAUGGAGACAUUACAAUGCAUGUAGGAGAAUCGCUGGAACCUAUCACUACUUCAGCUGGAACAUUGAAGUGCAGCUGUGCUAUUCCCCCACUCGCGCAUUGCAAAUUCGAGCAAACAGUUUCUAAUUAAUUAUCAUUUUCACUGUUCCAUAAUAUUUGUCAAUAAAAUAAACUUGAGAAACAU